AUGGCACCGAAGAAGGACAAGGCUCCACCGCCGUCAUCCAAACCGGCGAAAUCCGGCGGCGGCAAGCAGAAGAAGAAGAAGUGGAGCAAGGGAAAGCAAAAGGAGAAGGUGAACAACAUGGUGCUUUUUGACAAGGCAACCUACGACAAGUUGCUCUCCGAGGCGCCUAAGUACAAGCUUAUCACUCCCUCUGUGCUCUCCGAUCGUCUUAGGAUCAGUGGAUCUUUAGCUAGGAAAGCGAUUAGGGAAUUGAUGGCUAGAGGUCUAAUCAGAAUGGUAUCGGCUCAUUCGAGCCAGCAAAUCUACACCAGGGCCACUAACACCUAG